GAUCCUGGUCGUGACGAUGGUAUGAGCACGGCGAUUUCGGAAAAUUAAUGUCGCGCGACGUCGGCAGGAGGGAGAGAGAGGACCGCCGAGAAGAGACCGCGCAGCGAGGCCGGAGAGAAGGUGAAAGUGAGCCUCUGUCGCGCGGCGGCCGUGGAUCAACGGACGGUGUAUAACCUAAAAAUAAAGCAUACGUUUCUCUCUCUCUCUCUCUCUUUCUCUCUCUCUCUCUCCUUUUCUCCCACUCGCUCGCUCCUCCUUCUCACGUCUGCGUCCGCUCCGCUCGCGCGCGCAGUACGUCGUGUGCACCGUCCGUGUGCGUAACCCUCGUUGCGGAAUCCUCGCAUCUUCGUUCGCGUUCACCACCUUUAGAGUGGCGACUUUUGGGACUCGAGUCGACAUGAUCGCGCCGGGACGACCGCGGUGGUGCUCGCUGGUGCUGGACGAGUGACUUCGCGACGGCCGCCGGCAACGUAUGGAGAAUAUGGAUAUCACGGGCGGCGAGUCGGCGGGGGAGCAGGCCGUCCCCGACAGCACGGUCCCGCGGAAGUGCUGGUCCGGUCUCCGCGCCGUCGUCAGCGACCUCAGGAGGAAGCUGUCCGGGGUGUCGGCCGCGUCCGUGCCGAGCUCCAUAACGUUCCGCUCGCUUCCUGACGGCCGGACCAGAAUCUAUUUCCUUAGCACACCGAACAACGGCUGGGAGACCACUCUUCUCUACGUGGACAUCGCGCACGCGGACCACGCCAACGGCUACCGGCUGCACUGGCAACCUGUGAUAGAAGCGAACUUUCAGAGUGUGUCAAGUGUAAACAGACUAUCAAAGGAAGAACAGCUGUUGUGGGAGAGGAAAAGACUCGCUACGUGGGGUAUAACCAGUUACGAGAUCCAUGCGGAAAGUGGAAAAUUAGUCUUUCCAGCUGCUAGCAGUCUUUAUCAAUGUGUAGAUACUGGAUUUAUGCCUGGACCGCUUUUUCCGUCGGAAAUCAGAAUGUCAACGGCUGGGGCGAAACUGUGCCCUCAGAUCUGUCCCUGGAACAACGCUCUAAUCGCCCAUACGUGUUCGGGAGACCUGUACCUGUCUCACAGUAUAACCGGCUCCUCGGUUCGAUUGACUCACGCCAGAAAAGGGGGCAGAAGCCUUGUAGACGAUCCGCUCACCGCCGGCACUCCUUCCUACGUUAUGCAGGAGGAAUUUACAAGGUAUAUCGGCUACUGGUGGCAGCCAAAGUCCAUGUUCGACGGGAUCUACAGGAUAGUGUACGAAGAGGUGGACGAGAGUGACGUCAAGAUCUAUUGCUUUCCCUCGUCAAAUUCCGACGAGGUGGACGAAUUUAGAUUUCCUAGAGCCGGUAUGCCGAAUGCCAGGAGUAACUUGAAAAUGGUGCAGUUCCGCCUGACAGAGUCAUUGCAUAUCGUCGACAUCGAAAUUUUGGAGCUUCAGUAUCCCCUUCAUAUUAUGUUCCCAUGGAUGGAAUACAUGGUGAGAGUCGGAUGGACUCCAGAUGCUCAAUACGUCUGGGUGCAACUGUUGGAUAGAAAGCAACAGAAACUCGAAUUGGUCCUGUUGUCGAUAGACAAUUUUUGCGAGCCACCGCCAAACACGUACAAUACGGAAAAUCACUUUACACCCACGUCAACGAGCGUACAAGUGAUAUACUCCGAACAGAGUCCGAUCUGGAUCAACGUAAACGACCUGUUGUACUUCUUAAAGUCCGACGACGCAAACGAAAUCAAAUUUAUAUGGGGCAGCGAGGAAUCCGAGUUUCGACAUUUGUAUCUUAUAACAUCCAGUAUAGCAGGUUUGAGUAACGGAGUGGAAGAACCUUUAGACCGAAUGGACAGUAUAUUUCUCCGACCACGUAUUACUUCCAAGGUAGCGCUAACGCAGGGCAAUUGGGAAGUGCUAGGGAAGAAAAUCUGGGUCGACGAGGUCAAUUCUAUCGUCUACUUCUGCGGGUUACGGGAAGGACCGUUGGAGCAACAUGUUUACGCGGUUUCGCUGCGACGGCCGCUAGAGAUACGGCUGUUGACGCGGCCCGGUUACAGUUACAAUAGUGUAUAUUUUAACAAAGAGUGCACCAUGAUGGUUACUGUUUAUAGCUCCAUUAAAACGCUGCCUACUUGUCAAGUAUUUAAAAUAUCUCAAACCGAUUGGACAGUGGAGAGCAUUUCGCUCACACCUGUAGGCUAUCUCCUAGAACCGUCUACACUCGAAUCCGAAUUGUUCGCGCCGGAGAUUUUUACACAUAAAAUCAAAUCGGGAGAUACGGUCUAUUCAAUGAUAUUCAAGCCCCAUAAUUUCCAACCUGGAGUUAAAUAUCCUACAAUAUUAAACGUUUACGGAGGACCCGAAGUACAACUUGUAUCGAACACAUUUAAAGGUUUAAGACAUUUACGAAUGCACAUGUUAGCUGCUCAAGGCUAUUGUGUAGUUUUAAUAGACUCUCGCGGGUCGCAGCAUAGAGGUCUGGUAUUCGAGAGCCACUUGCGACGUAGGAUGGGAACGGUAGAGCUGAACGAUCAAGUCGAAGUAUUGAGAUAUUUGUCAGAGACUACUGGAUACAUAGAUCUAAAUCGUGUGGCUCUUCAUGGCUGGUCUUACGGCGGAUACUUAAGUCUAAUGGGUUUGAUACAAUAUCCUGACGUAUUCAAACUGGCCAUUGCUGGUGCUCCGGUUACCUCAUGGAACUUUUACGACACCGGAUAUACCGAGCGUUACAUGGAUUUGCCGCAAAACAAUCCUCAUGGUUACAUGGCUGGAUCGGUCCUGACAUACGUAAACAAGUUUCCCGACGAAGAAAACCGUUUGUUGAUUAUUCACGGUCUCAUAGACGAGAAUGUACAUUUCUACCACACUAGCCAGUUGAUUAAUGCCCUUGUGAAGAUCGGAAAACCGUAUCAGCUGCAAGUUUAUCCUAACGAGAGACACAGUCUGAGAAGCCUAGACGCCAGUAAACAUUACGAGACGACCCUGUUGUCCUUCUUACAGAAUCAUUUAUGAACUGAUGUUAUCUUUUUAUUUUCGUUUCUUUUUUCUUUGUUAGGUAGUUCGAUAAUAACCGUUCCUCUAAAACAGGAUGUUUAACUGCCAUUAAUUUACGUUCACACUUAAACGUAAAACUUAAAAAGAAGAAAUACUUUCAAAUGGCAAGGAUAUGUGUACUAAUUUCUGUAUAAAAGUGUGCCUCCAAGGCUUUUAAGAUAGUAUUAUAUUUUUUUUAAGUAAUUGCAGUGUGUGAAUAUAUCGUGUAAUUAAUUACCAGGACGAACUUCUAGCAAGGAAUUUAUAAUGUAUACCAAGAAAAGAUAUGUAUGGGAUAUAAAUUUUUAAUGCCACUGUCAAGAUGCCACAAAACGCGUAACAAAUAUAUUCAAGGUUUUCUUAAUCAGCUAUUGUCAAAGCUUACAAUCGUGAUAUAAUGAUUAAUUGUGACACUAUUUUCUAAGAGAAUGGACAAUACUCAAUUUACUGACAAUAGUUAAUCAGGAAGACUACGCCGGACGCGUUUCUGUUUCGCGGUUAUUUCUCAUAUCGUUAGAAAUUAACACAUCAACUGCAACUACAUGUACAUAUGCGACACUGUGACCACAUACAUGUAUCCCUCUUAUCUUUUUACAAAAUGAAAAUCCGCGUUUCAGCGAAAAAAGUAUUUGCGUUUUUCAAUGUUGUGAAAUAAUCGUAUAUCCGAUGGAUAAUUAUUUGUCAAUGAAUAAAUUCAUUAUUUUAUAUUUUUUAUAAUUAUUAUAAGCAGUGAAUCGUAAUAUUAUGUAUAUAGUAAUUGCGAUACCUAAAACAAAUAUCUAAAAAUUUAAUAGAAUAUUUGAAAACUGUUGAAAAGAAAACACUGUAUUUGAGAAUUAAAUUACAAUUUAAUUA